UAAGUAUUUCACAAAUAAGUUCAGUGUAUUUCUGUGCUUGUGAAGUGCUGUAGCUGGUUUAGUUUACGGGGUUUGAGCCGAAUUGGCUCUAGUACCGCUCUCUCUCACCGCUAAUCUGGUUAAUCUACACAUCCCUUCAAAAGUCUGCAUAUCAAUAUGGAUAAAAGCAAUCCGAAAUUGAAUUUAACUGGCACAAAUGAUCCACCGCAGACAAUCGGGAAAAAACCACCUAGUCUAGGGGUCACAAACCCAAACAGUCUUAGCGUUUCUAACAGUCUCGACGUUUCUAAUAAGAAAGUGACAACAACAUCAGCAACUGGAAAUCCUCGUAACAAAUGUGCCCUGAAGCCCGGCCAUUCGUUGAUGGAUUGGAUACGUCUCGGCUCAUCAGGAUUAGAUUUGUCAGGUACAAAAGGUGUGAUUACUCCCGUCAGUAAUGCGGAGCUAGCGAAACUGCAACAAGAUGAUGCUUGGUUAGCUAUUCGGGGGAAAGUCUACAAUGUUACACACUAUAUGGAAUUUCAUCCUGGCGGUCCGGAUGAACUAAUGAAAGGGAUUGGAAAGGACGCCACAAAACUUUUCGAGGACGUGCACGCUUGGGUCAAUUACGAGCAAUUACUCGGAAAAUGCUAUGUGGGGCCUUUACGGAAUUCUGCCAUUAUUGACCUGGAACCACUGAAACCACUUACCAAAACUUCAUCCGACAACAGUGGCUCCUUUCGGCUACCCGUGCUUCCGUUUCUUCAAACAUCCUCAGCCAAAACAUCCCCCACGAAAAGUGCUAACACUUCCAAAGAGUAUAACGUUAAAACUGGUGAAAAUGCAGAGGUCGUGCCUCGUUUCGAUUGGAUACAGAAAACCUCGGAUUUAACGCUAAUAUUCUAUACGAGGCCCCUGUGCAAUCCUGGCCUGGUUAUCACCCAUAAAAGCAGCAAUCAGUUAGAAGUGCGAAUUCAAAUCGAAAGGACUACACAUGUUUACAGUGUGGAGCUCAGUCAUGAUGUGAAUUAUCCAUGUGCGAUGAAAGUUUCGUACGAGACAGGGAAAAUCGAAUUGCGGUUCGUGAAAACUCAACCUCAACUUUGGACCAAUUAUGGGGUACUGGAGAAGCAGAAAUUGACGGAGUUUGAGGGUUUGCAAUUGGAAUACGAGAUUUUGAAGCGAGAAACGAUAACACAUGACUCUUAUGCGGUAAUUUUGCAGCCAGUGAAAAAGGUGCUGCUAUUCAACCCGAUAGGAUUCCAUAUAAGCGUUACUUCGAACGUGAAUGGUGUGGAUGUCACCCGAAGCUACACUCCUGUUCCUAUACAAUAUUGUCCUGUAGACGUCACAGCACCGACUUUGCCCCUGUUAAUAAAGUCCUAUGAACUAGGAAUUCUGUCGAAGCACAUAACAAGCGCCGAUUGUUCUCCGGUAAGGAUAUCACAAUCCAAAGGCAGUUUCAUGCUGACGAGUCUAAAGGAGCAUACAAAUAUUGGGCUUUUAGCCGCCGGAAGCGGAAUUACGCCAAUUCUGUCUGUGUUACAGUAUCUGCUGGAGAGGACGAGCAAUAAAGUGGAGAAGGUCCAGCUACUAUUAUUCAACAAAACAGAACAGGACAUAUGGUGCCGGAAAAUACUGGAGAAAACCGCAGAGAAGGAUGCCAGACUAACAAUUCGACAUAUCCUAUCUGAACCACAAGGUGAUUGGCAAGGAGAGGUGGGCCGUGUUACACAGGAACUUAUUGCGCCAUUAGCAGACCCCAAAUCACAAUCGUACGUCACCUUCUGUUGUAUCUGUGGACCAAAUCCGUUUAACGACCUAAGUGAAAAAUUGCUGAAAGGUAGUGGAUUCCCAGCGGAACGUUUACAUUUCUUCCAAGGAUGAAAUGUGGGUGCUACUUAUAAGAUUUAUUAUUUCUUUUCUUUUCUUAUAUCACCUUCAAUAUUCCGAGCGUAUCGCGAGGAAGAGUCCUAUCUCCACUUUAUUAUACAUACACACAUGCAUUCGUAGGCUUACUUAGCUUGGUACAUAUAUACAAACUUAAAUAUGGUGCAAUGUAUAGCGUAUUGUGUAAUUUUACCAGUUGGAACUGUAUUUUUUACGUAUGAAGAGAGAGAAAUAAAUGUACGCUUAUAUUUGUA